GACAUACAUAGAACACACCUCACACCUCACACCUCAACCCUCAAGACAUAAACACACUUAGUACCAUGUUUCUUACCAGAUCAGAGUAUGAUAGAGGUGUCAAUACCUUCUCACCUGAGGGCCGUCUGUUCCAAGUUGAGUACGCCAUUGAGGCUAUCAAGUUGGGUUCAACUGCCAUCGGCAUUAAGACGUCCGAAGGAGUCCUCCUGUGCGUCGAGAAACGUAUCACAUCCACACUAAUGGAGCCAUCAAGUGUGGUGAAGAUCGACGAGAUUGACCGUCACGUGGGUGCCGCCAUGAGUGGGCUUACAGCUGACGCGCGCUCGAUGAUAGACCACGCCAGGAUUGAAGCACAGAAUCACUGGUUCACAUACAAUGAAAGCAUCAAGAUCGAAAGUGUGACUCAAGCGGUGUGUGAUCUCGCUCUAAAGUUCGGUGAAGGGGGCGAGCGUGUCAUGUCAAGACCCUUCGGAGUGUCGCUUCUUAUCGCUGGCUAUGACGAGAAGGGGCCCCAUCUUUACCAUACAGAUCCCACCGGAACAUUCUUCGCAUACGAUGCGAAGGCGAUUGGCAGUGCCUCCGAGGGUGCACAAACCGCGUUACAAGACGCAUAUCACAAAACUAUGACGCUCAAAGAAGCCGAAACGCUCGGAUUGGGUACACUCAAGCAGGUGAUGGAGGAGAAGGUUACGGCGACGAAUGUAGAGGUGGCGAUAGUUACCAAGGACAAAGGCUACCACGUGUACAGCGAAGAAGAGGUGGAGGCUAUCAUUUCUGCCCUCAAGAGCUGAAGGAAUGAAGGUGAACAGUAUCGUUAAGGAAUUCAACAAUGAUUUUUAUGUAAAUGUUUUUAUGCUAAACAUCGCUGUCAAAUAACUAGAAAUAAAUGAUAGGUAGUUAGCACGCUUGUUUUAAUAGAUUUGCGAUAUAUGCCGUUGUAAAUCUGUAUUCUCAUCGAUGCCAGGUUAAUAGGAGUAAAAUCAUAGGUAAGUGAAACGCGACUAUUAGUUAAAUUGAAGGAAUGUUACGCACUAUUUGGCUCUUCAAAAUUAAUACAAGUCAAUCAAAGGCUCGAUAAGAAAC